AACUGUGACGUGUGUUCUGGGCAGGGUUUGAGGUUUUGGAACCUUUUCUAAAAGGGACAGAGAGCACCCUGCUGCAUUUCCUAAUCGUGGGCUGGCGUGUUGGAGUGAGCUGGUCAUGAUGCAGAAGGUCCUCAAGUGCAGUAGCCUGGCCCUGGCUCUCGCCCUCAUCCUGGUUUUGGAAUCUCCAGUCCAAGAUGCUGCCUUCCCCUUUGGUCUUCACGUGGCCUCUCUUGCGCACAUCUGUGUUCUAACGGUCUAUUCUGAUAAGGACACCAGUCAUAUUGGAUUGGGAAUGAAAAGAUUCCAGAACUUGAAUGAUGUUUUCCCCCUUUCUGAGGACUAUUCUGGAUCAGGCUCUGGGUCUGGUUCUGGCUCUGGAUCAGGAUCUGGAAGCGGCUCUGGAAAUGGUUUCCCAAAUGAAAUGGAACAGGAAUACCAACCAGUUGCUGAAAAUGAUGCUUUCUAUUACAACUUCAGGUCUUUCGAGAGCAAUCAGCCCUCAGACAACCACAACUUGGGUCAAGAAGGAUUAGAAGAGGAUUUUAUUAUAUAAAAAUGAGGGUUUUCCCACCUUGAUGCCACGCGAUGUAUUCAGUGUAUUUUGUGUACCAUGGUUAAAUGAUCAGUCUUGGGACAAAGAGUUUUAUGGAAAUUUUAAAACAUCUGAUAAAGAACCUUAAACUUUAUCACCUUUAUUUCUCAUGAAUUCUUAAAGGAUUAUGCUUUAAUGCUGUUAUUGGUCUUAUUUUUCUGAAAAAUACCUUCUUUUUUGGCACUGGGUAUCACACAUGAGAGGCAACUACUUUACCACUAAGCUAUAUCCCAGCCUAAUACUUGCAUUUUUUGGUUGUCUUGUUCAACCAACAUCAUUAUGAAAUGAACUAGACUCCCAUUACAUGAAGUUACUUUAAAGAAAAAUAAUUAUACUAUUUUUUAAAAAAAAUUCAGUCUGUGAAGCAAAUUGAUAGGCAAUAUUUCAUACCUCAAUCUUCAGGCACCUGACUCUGAUUAUGAAUUAUAGAUCUAUCCCUUUUAUUAUGGGAAAAAAAAAGAUGAAACAGUACAUUUAUAGAGUGGGUAUUUGACAUGGAGUACAGUGUUAAGGGUGGUAUUGUACUGUUACUGUUGGGUGUGUUGCAAAGCUAGAGGACAUUGUUCAGCUGAAGUGUGAUUGUCAUGACUAAAAACUUAGGACCCCAGUUAAAGCACAGUUGUGCUUCUCAGUAUCGCAUCCUGCUUUACCUUUUACCACUGGAUAUCUUCAUUUUCAAAUGUUAUUCUAUUAAAGCAGAAGUAUAACCAAA